AUGAUGCAAGGACCAGCCACUGAAAUGGAUGAAGAAGAAGGCUUUGAUAUAGCUAAGUCAUUAGCACUCUCAUCUUCAGAGUCUGACGUGGGUUCUGACUAUGAAGAAGGUGUCCAGGAUAUCAUUAGUGAGAGCGAUGAGGAAGCUGAAGAACCUAACAAGAAGAAACCUAAAACAGAUCUGUCCAAGCUUCAUUUCCCUAUGCUUGAGAUUUCAGAUGAUGAAAACUCUGAAUCAAAAGACAUCUCUUCAUAUUUCGUCAAUAAUAAUCCACUCACUAAGAAAGCGAAGAAUGGCUCUUUUCAGUCUUUUGGCUUUUCAAAAUUUUUAUUGGGUAAUAUUGCAAAAAAGGGUUACAGGCAACCGACACCAAUUCAAAGGAAAACCAUUCCUUUAAUAAUGGAUAACCGUGAUGUUGUUGGUAUGGCAAGGACAGGAUCUGGUAAGACUGCAGCUUUCACGUUACCUGUUAUAGAGAGGUUGAAAAAUCAUAGUGCCAAAGCGGGGGCAAGGGCCGUGAUAUUGUCGCCAUCUAGAGAGCUUGCCUUGCAGACCUUUAAGCAGGUGAAAGAGUUUAGUAGGGGGACUGACUUGCGCUCAAUUGUUUUGAUAGGUGGCGAUUCCUUGGAACAGCAGUUUUCCUCUAUGAUGUCGUCGCCUGAUAUUAUUGUCGCUACACCGGGAAGAUUUUUACAUUUGAAAGUUGAAAUGGAUCUAGACUUGAGCACGGUUGAAUACAUAGUCUUUGAUGAGGCCGAUAGGUUGUUUGAAAUGGGUUUUGCCGAGCAGUUGAACGAAUUAAUUGCUUCCUUGCCGACUUCGAGACAAUCCCUUUUGUUUUCAGCUACCUUACCAAGAACUUUAGUAGAUUUUGCAAAAGCUGGACUUAGUAAUCCAGUUUUGGUGCGUCUAGAUACGGAAUCUAAAAUAUCAGAUCAGUUACAAAUGGCUUUUUUCACAACAAAACAGAAAGAAAGAGAAGCUACAUUAUUGUAUAUAUUGCAGGAAGUAAUAAAACUUCCUUUGGCGACAGCAGAGGAAAUACAAAAGAUCGAGCAUAGUAACCAAGCUAAUGAUUCUGACUCUGAUGAUGGAGGCGAAAGCGUGGACAAGAAGAAGAGAAAAAGAGUUAAAUUUAAAAAAGAAAGAGCUCCCCCUGCCAAUAUGUUGCCAUCACCGAAUUCAACAAUUUUAUUUGUUCCAACAAAGCAUCAUGUUGAAUAUGUAACUACGUUGUUAAAGGAUGCUGGUUAUCUCGUUUCUUAUAUUUAUGGAUCCUUGGAUCAGCAUGCCAGAAAGCAACAGCUUUAUCAGUUCAGGAUAGGCUUAACUAGUAUUUUAGUUGUCACAGAUGUGGCUGCUCGUGGUAUAGAUAUUCCGGUUUUGGCGAAUGUGAUAAACUACACGUUACCUGGGUCCUCCAAGAUAUUCGUACAUCGUGUUGGUAGAACGGCGAGGGCUGGUAAUAAAGGAUGGGCAUAUUCUAUAGUGAAUGAGAAAGAAUUGCCUUAUUUACUUGAUUUAGAAUUAUUUUUGGGUAAAAAAGUUCUUUUAACAUCCUUGCAUGAACAAAAAUGCGAACUAUUGAAGGCUAAACAAGGUAAUGAUUAUAUUGAACCGAAGGUCUCUUACAAUGAUAGGCUAGUGUUAGGUUCUGUUCCCAGAUCUCAGCUUGAGACUUUCCAGGAACUCUACGAUAAUUUAUUGAAGAAUCAUUAUGAGCUUGAAGUCGUGAAAGGUGUCGCUUUGAAAGGAGAAAAAUUGUAUCAUCGAACCCGGCAGCCUGCUUCUCAAGAAUCUUUAAAAAGGAGUAAAGAGCUUGUGGAAACAAAUCAGUGGGAUGAUCAACAUUUACUUUUUGGUCCGAAUUUGGAAAAAGAGAAAGAGAAGUUUCUUGCUAAAUUAGGAAACAGAAUCUCAAAAGAAACCAUAUUUGAGAUCAAGAAGAAGGGGGCAGACAAAGACGAGAAUAGCAUGGCUGAAUUUAUGCAUAAGCGGAGGAGACAGAUUGCGCCAGUUCAAAAAAGGGCACGAGAAAGGCGAGAAUUGUUGGAUAUGGAACGGAUAGCUGGAUUGACACAUGGCAUCGAAAAUGAGAUGUUGAAGAAGGAAGAUGAAAUUGGUUACUCUAAAGCAGCUGUAGAAGUUGAAGAAGAGGAGUUGAAAAAUACUUUUGAAGAUGCGGAUGACAUCUUAGAGGGCAAGAAAAGAGGAUCCAAGAAAAGCUUUAAAGACCCUCAAUUCUACCUCAGCCAUUACGCACCUACAUCUAUGAUUCAGGAUCAGCAGCUAUCUCUCUCAUCAUCUUUUGUAAAUGAUGCCUCUAAGGCUUCGUAUGAUCUUAGCAACGAUGACAAGAUUCAGGUAAAUAAACAGAUUAUGAGAUGGGACAAGAAGAAGGGUAAAUAUAUUAACUCCAUGUCGACAGAUAAAAAAUAUAUAAUUGGAGAAAGUGGACAAAAGAUUCCAGCAUCUUAUCGAGCGGGGAGAUAUGAUGAAUGGAAAAGACUGAGAAAUAAUCAUUCUAAAGAUCCAAGAUCAUUAGAUCUCGAAGAGAAAUCCGAGUCAAGAGGCAAGUUCAUUCACAAGAAGACUAAGGCACCUAAAUUGCCAGAUAAGUAUAGAGACGAUUACCAUAAGCAAAAGAAGAAGGUAGAAAAGGCUUUGGAGUCUGGAAUUAAAAUGAAGGGCUAUCAUGGACCUGCUCAAAAUAGUGAGAUUAAAACUACUGAAGAUAUCAGAAAGGCGAGAUUACUUAAGGAGAAGCGUAAGGCCAAAAACGCUAGGCCGCUGAGAAAACGUUGA